AUUUAAAGAGGGAUGAUCAGUGCACAAGAACUGGAGCCUCUCAGACAACCAAGGGGCCUUCGCUACCAAGGACACGGAGCGCCGCCAAGGAGACGCGACUUGGUUUUCACUGCUCUAAAACCUCUGUGUUGCGUCCUCUUUGCAGUUUGUUUCCCCCACCCGGCUUCCCCCCACCCCAAAAUCCCUUGGCCAAGGAUUCGUUGCAGCGUCGCCCCAUGCCAUCCAGAGGGGUCGACACCUGUGCGCAAGCAGCCUGUGAGAACAGAGGAGGCCUAAAGUCAGGAGCGGUGGGGCAGGUUUUAUUUUGGGCAGGAAGCAGCCUCCCCCUCCCUCCCUAGGAUGGGAAGAGUCCAGACAAGGAUGCGCCGACAGGAUUUUAAACACGCGGAGCAGCGAGCAGCGAGCUGCAGCCUUUAACCAGCCAGCAGCAUUCGCCAGGGGGUUAAAAUGCUGAUUACCGUAACACCACCCCAUGAGCCACCAUCUCUUCAUCCACAAGCACCACCCCCUCCUAUUCUACCGAAACCUGGAAAAGACAAUCUUAAGCUUCAGAGACUCUUGAAAAAAGCAGCAAAGAAGAAAGCAACUUUAUCAGCGCAACAAACCACAGCAUUCCGAUCCAGUCUGUCCCCUGUGAGUGAAGCCAGCCCUGACUUAGAGCGCCCCAAUGAAUGUGCCUCCCCUCUAAAGCCUACAGAAACUGCAACACAUCUCACCAUCAACCUCCCACCUCGAUUUUCCAUCAAACCUGUUUUCCACCAUGUUUCUUCUCCCUUUCCCAAAGGAAAGCCCUUUACAUUCAGUGCCACAGAGCAGAGAAGCCUUUCAGAGCAUCUCAAAGUCACUUCCUCCCCUGCCCCAUCACCACUCCAGAGACCGAGCACUGCUGAGCCCUCAUGGCCACUCAGAGAACAGCCACAGCCAGAGGCACACAUGCAGUGGUCCCCUCCAAGUGCUCUGGAAUUCUCUGUUCAUCCUGUACCUGUGGUGGAGUCUCCAGCAGUGGUUGCUCACAUUGCUGAAACUCACACUUCCAUUCAUAGUAUGCAGCCACCGAGCCCCCUAUUACAACCAUCACCUAAAUAUCUCAUUAGUGAAGACAGGCCCCCACCUCUUCAUCCGCAAGCACACCAAGAAUAUCCACCACUAGGUCAAAUACCAGAAGCGGACUUCUCAAGGCAGGCAAGACCAAUCACUCCUAAGUUUGAAACUGCUUCUACCCCUGAACCUCCUACUAGAACAAAAGUUGCAAUACUACAUGUUCCCCAACACCAAAUUGCAGUUGUAUCCCCAGCUCCUCAAGACAGUAGACCUGUGGCACCAGGAAGUGACAAAGGCCCUGAACCACACAAAGAGACACAGAGAGAUGCAAUUCCCAUUGGAUCUCAAAAGCAUAUCAUACCAGAGACAGUUAUGUCUGCUCCAUCAACAGUCAGCACUCAAGUUCUCUUGCCAGAAGCUAGGCGUGAACAGAGUCUACCACCACCAGUUACUUCCCAAGGUACAUUACCAAAGCCUAAGCCAGCAUUGGCAUCCAGAAGUAAGCUUAGUGGGUGGUCUCGCCUUAAGAAGCAUUUGAUAAUAGAAUCUGAAGAGCCCCAGUUUCCAGUUGAAGAACCCAAGCCUGAAGAGGAGAUAGCGAGAACACAGAGUCCUCAAGUUGACACUGGUCAGGACAAGAGGAUAACCAAGUCAAGAGCCAUCAAGAUGUGGGAUGCCAUCUUACAUCAGAUGAUGACCAGCAAAGCAAAAAAGCAACAAGCAGAUGAAAAGGAAAUCAGGAGAGCUGGAACAUUCCCAUUUCGGCGUCGCUUACCCCUUUUACUCCACAGGCCUCGCUUUGAUGCACGGAAGCUUAAAGAGCUGGCAUCCAAACCCAUGACAAAGAUUACUACUCUGUUUGAGGUACGCCGAAUCCAGUGCAAAGCACCUGAGGAAUUGCCAUUGCGUUAACAGGAUUGCAUCUGGGUGGAAUCUAAAGGAUGAACCCCUUCUCCAAGUUUUCUUUUGAAAGAUCUAAGAUAACCACAAGAUUUACUGCAAAAGAAUCAUUUGCAAGGGAAAAAAUAAAACCCUUCAAGGGACCUCUGUGUAUCUAGAAAUGUAUCUGCACAAUUUAAGUGAGAGGCACUUGAAAGGGAAGAUACUUCAAUAGUCUUGUCUUAUUGGUGUUCAGGUCUUAAGCUGGUCAACUAUUUCAAGCCUCUAGAUUUUAGUGUGUUUUUUUCUCACUAAGGAGAUACCACUUAGAUGUACAAUAUUAAGCCAAUUGGAAUAUUCUGCCAGAGUUAAUUUCUUUGCUGUUUAGAGAGCAAAGAAUCCUAUAUCAUAUGCCAUAUCCUAUUUGACAGCUGGCGUCUUCCCCUUUCUUUAUUGGGUACAGGCAUCAUUUUGCAGAACUGCAGUAUCUUCUCAUGAUUUACAAACCAACCUGUAGUAUACAUAUACCGGUAAUAGAUGCUUAGAAAUCUCAGUUUCUCUCACACAUCCCAUGAUUUUUGGCCAAACCUUCUAUACAUCUCCAUAGGAUGAUAUGGAAAAAUGUAUUCAUCAGUUUUCCUACCACCACCAAGCUUCUGAAAAUGAUUUUCUGUACACAGUCAUUGUUUAAAACCUAGUACUUCUGACAAGAUACAAUUCAAAGCAACACCGCCCACCCACCCACCACCACGGAAACAUGAGCUUGGGGAGAAAGAGAUGAGAAGACAAUAUUCCUUUGACUUAGACUUUCUUUAGAACUUCCACCUAUUUCUAUAUAUUGCAAAAGGCAAAUUUACAAGGGUCUGAAACAUGAAACUCCUCAAAUCACAGCAUAAACCAAGACAAAAAAAAAUAACGUUAAAACUAACUUCUGAACCUAAAGCUUGGAGGUUAGGAGAAAGGAAAUUAGUCGGACAAAUAGUGAUCUUGUCUGGCUAGGAGACAUAGUUUCAUCCUCACCACAAAAUUUGAAAUCCACCAUGCUCUGCUCAUAUACAACUAUAAUCUGUAUACAUAGAAUCUGCAACAGACCCUUAACUGCAGAUCUUAAGCAAACUGACUGGUUCAGUCAGAUAACGUAGCCUAGGAUCCAGGUCACUGUUUUUUUAACACCAGAACUAGCAAUUUGAAUUGUACUCGAACAGAAACAGAAGGCCAUUCAGAUGCCCAAGACAGAUGUAAUAUAUAUGUAAUAUAUAUUCUGAGGCAGCUACAGAUCCUAAAACGACACUACCUAGAACUUCACUUAAUGGAUUACAAUAAUGAGUUUCAGUAAUGGCCAAGACACAGAUGACUAUAAUAAGGUCCUUGUCCUUUAGAUACGGCAUGGUACAAAGCUCAACAGAAUGGUUUAAUACCACAGAAAAAAAUCCUCCUUAUUCAUGUGAUCAGUUCACACUAAUAAGAGCAAUGGAGUCAAGGCUGCCAGGGUAGACUUUUAUACAAAAACUGGCUAUUUUAAGCCACAAAUUACUACCCCAGGCAGCCAGGGUCUUUAAAUUAUGGCUCCCAUUUUAUAUGCAAGAUUGCCGUAAGCCUGCUAUAAGAAGCACCACUGAUACAUCUGCUCUGCAAGAGUACAGGAGGCCCAAUUAUUGGACAUGAAAAGCUUGCCUCACUUUAGGACUAUUCCUAUAGUACUCAUUUGGGGGAACAUGCCUAGAAUAUGCAGCUAGAAACAUCUGAGGAAUCCAUGUUACUAUGGAACAGAGGUGGCUGCAUUAUCUUGCUAAGCUUCCUGGGAGCAUGUCCCACAGCUCAAGCAUAUCCUACAUGAUUAGAAUAGACAAGUCACAGAUUUAUAGCCAUUUUUAAUGUGCAGUACUUCUCUAUGAGGUAUUUUCAAAACACAAGUAUGGAAAAAUCAGAGGCAACCUUAAGCAGACCCAAGGCAAGUGCUUUCAAAGUCCAGGUGUACUGGUUUAGGGUCUAUCUGCAAUCAUUUUCUUCUGUAGUCAUUUUCCGCUACAUACAAGCAAAAUUGAGCGGACUACCUAACGCAACUGUUUGCAUUCAGAAAGGGAAGGGAAGCCAUUUCAGUUAUGUCACAGUACUUUCCAAGUGCUGCUGCAUUUAUCAGCUGGUUCUCCCAAGUAUGAAUCCAGUCAUGGAUUGCGACUGUGUGAACAACAGUUUGAAAGAUUAUGCAGUUAGCGAUCUGGAGUUUUUAAACUCAGUAUAACAGCAGUGACCAAUUAAUAAUGAUACUCUGAGCACAUUAAAUAUUUUCACUUGUUCCAGCUGAGGUAACUCUGUAUGCUUCACUACAAUCAUACCCUUUGAGCUCACCAGUUAGAUUAUGCAAUUCUAGCAUUGUGCUAGGAGUAAACAUCAGAGAAAGGACCUUGGCUUCUGCACCCUGAAUGUUGACACUCCAGGGUGACUGUUUGGUCACUGUGUGAAGGAGUAGGAUGCUGAACCAGACCACUGGCCUGACCAGCAAGCUUCAAGCAGUUUUUAGAUAACUUUUUAACUGCAGUUUUGGAGCAUGUUACAAUAUUCAUAAGGCAGCCAGCCUGCAGGUGGAGCCUGGAGCUCUCUCAGAAUUACAACUUGUCUGAAGCUUCAUGGCCCCCCGGUAAGAUUGCCAACUCUGGAUUGGGAACUAGCUGGAAGUAUUCAGUGUUGACCCUGAGGUGGGUAGGUUUGACCGGGGGGGGCAUAAUGUACAUAUAUAGUCCACCUUCCAAAGUAGCUAUUUUCUCCAGGUGAACUGAUCUGUGCUGCCUGGAGAUCAGUUGUAAUCAGUUGGAGAUCUCCAGCCACCACCUGGAAGUUGGCUAGUCUACUCUCCAGACCUCCCAGUGGGACUUUCCUUCCCCUUACCUGGGAGUUCAGGAGAAAUAAGGCUCAGAGAGAGAAAGGGCACUGGUCCAGUGCAUCACUAAGCACCAGCAGUUAUAGCACCACUCUGAGGGCAACCUGCUGGAUGGGUGGAACCAAGGGAAAUGUGCACCAUGGCCGCAACCAGGGAAAAUGCUAGCCAAACCUCCUAGGAUGAACAUACCUGUUCACACCUUAGAGAGCCAAGGCAGAUUGAGGCAGUGGGAAGAGAGGGGGUUGGGGCAGGUGCACCAAUCCUUUCAGGAACAGGCAGGGAAAAUGACUCCCAGCUGGGAAGAGGGUGCUGGGAAGAAGGGUACUGGGGCAACCACAGGGAAUGGAGAAACAAAUCCAGUGGGCAGGCCUUGCAUUACAUUGGGAUAGCAAUUACAGGGAAGGGUGCAAGCAAAGAAAUGAGGGAUGUGAGAUAGUAUGGGCCUUAUUGCAUUAUGAGGGAAAGAGGACAAAGUAAACUACCUUAUAAAUAGAGAAGCUUCCCAAAAGACUGUAGAGGAAGGUGGCUUGAAGGUUUGCUGUUCCAGGAACUUUCCAGCCAGGGGAAAGGAAUGAGUUUUUAGUUCUGGCACUCAUUCUGAGGCCUGCAAAGGUGACCCUGAAACAACUGAAAUCACGGUGGUGGAGGGGGGGGGAGAUCGACAGGUGCUAGACACACAUUACGCAACUGAUCUCCAGACUACAGAGAUCCAUUCCUCUGAAAAAAAUGGUGACUUUGGAGGGAGGAUUCUACAGCAUUCUACCCAGAGGUCCCACUCCUCUGCAAACCCCACCCCCAAAUUUUCAGGAACAACCCAGAAUUGGCACCCCUCAUCAUCAUACAGGAAAAGAAUUGCCCAACAUUUUUUUGUACAGAUCUUCAUGCUGUGAUGUGUAAAUAGUACUAUUAAGUAAGACAGUGCUACCCUGGAAAUAAACAAAUUUUAACUACAGCAGCAUUAAUUCAGAACAGACAUUAAGUUUUUAAAUGAGGCAUUGUUUCAUGUUAUAAUGUAGCUAUUUCAGAUUGACUCUGCAGAAGAAUGAAAAAAAGAAUUUACUCAGAUUCUCUAAGAUUUCAGAAUAUCUAUGCAGUUCAAUCUCUAUGCAAUCAAAAUAUGCAUUAGCCACAGAUCUGAAAAAUCAAGCUGACUGGGUGUGAUUUUUUUCCAUUUGAUACUAUGCAGUUUUACUUCUAGCUUUUAUUACCACAUUGAUGCUUUGAGAACUGUAAAAUGAAUUGUAGCUUCCAACUCGAUUGGAGAAUGAAUAGCCCUUUUGUUAUGUCAUAGAAUACUGUACCACCCUGAAGAAAGCUUGAAAUUCACGUCCUAUUCUUCAGCAGACACGUUUAAGGGCCAAACAACAUGGAAGAGUCACAAGAAGGUUAUCCUGGUUUGUUUUCCAGUGCAGCCACAAUUAAAGUAGAUGACCAUUUGGAAGGAAUGCCUUCAUCCUUUCACAUUAAGUGUUUGCUGCAAGGUGCUUUCCAAACGAAUUAGCUCAGGUGGGGGGGGGGAUUGAUGGGGUGAGGGAAAUGGGAACAAGGUCAAGUUCUUCCAAAUGCAUUGGUCUUCUGCUUCAGAUUGUGACUUCCACUGCUGCACUUCACACAAGAAACAAGCAUCUUGUCUAGUUUGGCUCCCUCAUAACCAGAAGGUGUUUUUUUUUUUAAAAAAAAAAGAUCAGUCAGUACAUUUAUUCCUGAUUAAAAACAAGCUUAUUAUUAACAGGGUUCCAAGUAUAUUUUCACAACUCCGGCAUUGAACUAAAGGGGAUUCACCCAAGACCAAGAGUGAACAUUUGAGAUACUAUACCAGGAAUGGAAUGGAAUGGCCAAUCACCAUCCUUUUGAUGAUCAAAGGGUUAAAUAACUUAAUAUGUCUUGUUAUGUAUGGAACAUUACAACCGUACAGGUUGAAUAAGAUGUAGAAUUACCCAACUGGCAGAUAUGGAUGAUUACUUUUAUGUUCAGCACAGGAUGCAACAAGCAUUGUUUGCAUGCUGUAAUAAAGUUUGGCAAAGAAACCA